AUGCGUAGAUCCAUCGCAACUGGGUUUGCGUCGAUAGCGAAAAGGUUUCAUCUUUAUAAGCAUCAUCGUCCAGAGAUAGGAGAAUCUGGAACUGCUUCUUCCUUUAGACAUUGGGGUUUCUGUUUCUGUCUCCGAGAUUUUUCUGAUUACCGACAGAUUUUGAGAACUAAUCUUCACAAUCUUCACUUCAAUGAAGCUCUUGAUUUGUUCACUCGCAUGGUUCACUCUCGUCCUCUUCCUUCCAUUGUCGAUUUCACUAGAUUGUUCGAUGCUAUUGCGAACAUGGAGAGGUACGAUGAUGUGGUCUCUCUCUUCGAGCAAAUACAAACGCUUGGUGUUUCACCUGUUCUGUACACUUGCAAUAUUGUAAUGAAUUGUGUUUGCCGUUCUUCUCAAACUUGUCUUGCUUUGUCUUUUCUUGGGAAGAUUAUGAAGCUUGGUUUUGAGCCUGAUAUAGUCACGUUUACUUCUCUGCUUAAUGGAUUCUGCAUUAGGAAUAGGAUUGAUGAUGCAAUAGCUUUGUUUGAUCAGAUUUUGGAAAUGGGAUAUAGACCUAAUGUUGUGACAUACACCACAUUGAUUCACUGUCUUUGCAAAAACAGACAUGUGAAUCACGCGUUGGACCUUUUUAACCGGAUGGAGACGAAUGGGAUUAGCCCGAAUGUUAUUACCUACAACGCUCUUGUAACCGGACUUUGUGAUUCCGGUAGAUGGAGUGACGCUGCUUGGCUGCUGAGUGACAUGGUGAAGAGGAGAAUCGACCCUAAUGUAAUCACUUUCUCUGCGUUGAUUGAUGCGUAUGUGAAAAGAGGGAAGCUUUUGGAGGCUAAAGAGUUGUACAAGGAGAUGAUCCGGUUGUCUGUGGUUCCUAAUGUUUUCACUUACAAUUCAUUGAUCAAUGGGUUUUGCAUGUAUGGCCGCUUAGAUGAGGCUAGGAAAAUGUUUUGUUUGAUGGAAAGCAAGGGCUGCUUCCCAAAUGUAGUGACUUAUACUACUCUCAUACAUGGAUUUUGCAAGUCUAAGAGGGUAGAGGCCGGGAAGAGAAUAUUGUACGAGAUGUCUCGAAAAGGAAUAGUUGCCAACACAAUCACUUACACAACUCUUAUCCAGGGUUAUUGUCUAGUGGGGAAACCUAAUGUUGCCCAAGAAGUUUUCAAUCAGAUGGGUUCUCGUGGUGUGCCUCCUGAUAUUAGGACCUACAACGUUCUGUUAGAUGGUCUAUGUUAUAACGGGAACGUAGAGAAAGCAUUGAUGAUAUUCGAAUACAUGCGAAAGAGAGAAAUGGAUAUUAGUAUCGUUACAUAUACUAUCAUUAUUCAAGGGAUGUGCAAGGCUGGUAAGGUGGAAGAUGCUUUUGAUUUAUUUUGUAGCCUUAACUCCAAAGGAAUGAAGCCUAAUGUUGUAACAUACACUGCAAUGAUAUCGGGAUUUUGUAGGCGAGGCCUAAUUCGUGAAGCCGAUGCGCUGUUUAGGAAAAUGAGAGAAGAUGGGUUUCGACUAAAUGAAUCCGUGUAUAAGUAG